UCUCUCUGCCCCCCUUCCAAUGGCCUCCAAUCCUCUCCUCCCCCUCCUCUUGCUUCUCACAUUGUUCAAAUUCUCAGCCCAAAUCGCGCCGCAGGCCGCCGAUCAAACCCUCAAGACCUUCAUUUUCCGCGUCGACCGCCACUCCAAGCCCUCGAUUUUCCCCACCCACUACCACUGGUACGCCUCCGAAUUCGCCGACCCGCCCCAGAUCCUCCACGUCUAUGACACCGUUUUCCACGGCUUCUCCGCCUCUCUCACUCCUGACCAGGUCUCCGCCAUCUCCGACCACCCUUCGGUGCUUGCUGUGAUCCAGGACCUGCGCCGGAGUCUCCACACCACUCGAUCCCCACAAUUUUUGGGGCUCAGGAACCAGAGGGGGCUGUGGUCGGAAUCGGACUAUGUCGACGUCAUUGUCGGAGUAUUUGACACCGGCGUCUGGCCGGAGCGUCGGAGUUUCACGGAUAAGAAUCUUGGGGCGAUUCCGAGGCGGUGGAAGGGGGUUUGCGAGACAGGAACUAAAUUCGCGAAGAGUAACUGCAACAGGAAGCUGAUCGGAGCUCGAUUCUUCAUCAAGGGCCACGAGGCGGCGGCCAAUGCCGGAGGUCCGAUAUCACCGAUAAACGACACGGUGGAGUACAGGUCGCCGAGAGAUGCGGAUGGUCAUGGCACCCACACCGCCUCCACGGCGAUCGGCAGGUACGCGUUCGAGGCGAGCAUGUCGGGUUACGCCGCCGGAAUAGCGAAAGGAGUCGCUCCAAAAGCUCGGUUGGCGGUUUAUAAGGUAUGCUGGAAGGAUUCUGGUUGCUUCGACUCCGAUAUAUUGGCUGCCUUUGACGCCGCCGUUAAUGACGGCGUUGAUGUCAUUUCUAUUUCAAUCGGAGGCGGCGACGGUGUUUCUGCUCCGUAUUAUCUCGAUCCGAUUGCGAUUGGAUCGUACGGAGCGGUUUCGCACGGAGUGUUCGUGUCUUCAUCGGCCGGCAACGACGGUCCAAACGGCAUGUCGGUGACUAAUCUUGCGCCUUGGCUUACUACGGUGGGCGCGGGAACCAUCGAUCGGAAUUUCCCGGCGGUUGUGAUUUUAGGCAACGGCCGGAGACUAAGCGGUGUGUCGUUGUACUCCGGAUUACCUCUCAAAGGCAAGAUGUACCCUGUCGUUUAUCCUGGGAAAUCAAGCAUGCUCUCUGCUUCGCUGUGCAUGGAGAACACCCUGGACCCGCGCCAGGUCAGGGGCAAAAUUGUAAUAUGCGACCGCGGGAGCAGUCCUCGAGCGGCCAAAGGCUUAGUCGUGAAGAAAGCCGGCGGUGUUGGAAUGAUCCUCGCUAACGGAAUUUCUAACGGCGAGGGUCUCGUCGGCGACGCACAUAUCCUGGCCACUUGCGCCGUCGGGGCGGACGAGGGUGACGCAAUAAAGGCCUACGUGGCCUCCACCAAGAACCCCAUGGCGACGCUCGAUUUCCAAGGGACUGUGAUUGGAAUCAAACCGGCUCCGGUUGUGGCUUCGUUCUCGGGUCGUGGGCCAAACGGGCUGAACCCGGAGAUUCUGAAGCCAGACCUGAUCGCCCCGGGAGUCAACAUCUUGGCCGCUUGGACAGACUCCGUGGGACCCACCGGUCUGGACACUGACAAGAGGAAAACGGAGUUUAACAUUUUGUCCGGGACUUCGAUGGCCGCUCCGCACGUGAGCGGAGCUGCGGCUUUGCUGAAGUCGGCUCACCGGGAUUGGAGCCCAGCCGCCAUAAGAUCCGCCAUGAUGACGACGGCGAGCGUGACUGAUAAUAGAAAUCAGACCAUGACUGAUGAGGCAACCGGAAAGCCCUCCACGCCUUAUGAUUUGGGGGCGGGUCAUUUGAAUUUGGGCCGGGCUAUGGAUCCUGGGCUUAUUUAUGACAUCACCAAUGAUGAUUACGUUCGGUUUCUUUGUGGAGUUGGGUAUGGGCCAAGAGUGAUUCAGGUCAUCACUCGGGUCCAACCCAAAUGUCCGGUGAAGAAGCCUGCGCCGGAGAAUCUCAAUUACCCGUCCAUUGGCGCGGUGUUUUCCAGGGCGGGUAAGUCGAGUAAGAUGUUUAUUCGGACCGUGACGAAUGUGGGGCAACCCAAUGCGGUGUACAGGUCUAGGAUUGAGGCCCCAAAAGGGGUGACAGUGUCAGUGAAGCCGUCGAGGCUGGUGUUUAGUGGGGCGGUAAAGAAGCGGAGCUUUGUAGUGACGGUCGCGGUGGAUAGGAGGAAUGUGGUGUUUGGUGAGUCAGGUGCGGCGUUCGGGUCGCUUUACUGGAGCGACGGGAAGCACGUGGUUCGGAGCCCCAUUGUAGUGACACAAAUGGAUCCCUUGUAAAAAUGAUGGGGGAUUUUGAUGGUUUGUAACUUGUAGUGAUAGGUGGUACAACUACAAGUUGUUGGUACGUGUAGGGGAGAGGGGGUUUUUACUUUGUGUUGUGUUUUACUAAAGCAAACUACUACUAUAGCGGUAUAGGCUAUAGCCCAAUGAGAUAGCUUCUUCUGCGGGUUGGUGUAACGUGAAAUUUUCUUUUUUUAUUGUUUGUUUAUUUUUCCUUUUAAAUUAUAUAAAAUCUCAAGUUUCUAA